AUGUUUCCAAUUCACCAUCAUAUUGCAAGAAGAGUGCUUAUUCAUCUGUGUUCUUGUUCUUUUGUGGCUCUCUUCUUCGGAAACCGCAUCCGCGCAAGAGAACGCAAUUGGGUGUUUGUCCAAUUUGUAUCGGAGGAAGAAAGUUUGAAGCUUUUGGUCGUUAGGGAAGUUGGGGUCGAGUGUUUGAAGAAUUUCUGGGACUCGGGUGGGAGUCUCGAGGUUGCGGUUGAGUUUCUGAGGAACUUGGCUUCGAAUUCGAAGGUUGCUGAGGUUCUUGUUUCUUAUGGGUUUGUGCCCCGCGUUGUGGGGGUGUUGAAUUGUGGGGUGAUGGCAUUGAGAAUUUCUGCGGCUAGCGUUGUUUAUGCUUUGGGGUUCAGCAGCACAAAGGCGAGGAAAGAGCUGGGUGAAUGUGGGUGUAUUACCCCUUUGGUUAACAUGUUGGAUGGUAAAGGUGUGGAAGAAAAAGAAUCAGCAGCGAAAGCCUUGUCAAUGUUGAUGCUGCAUGAAGGGUUUUUCAAUUUAGAUAAAAGAUACCUUGUUUCGUUGCUGGCCUCACUCGUUCAUUCCAAGAAUUGUAGGAAGCAAAUGGUUGUUGUAGGUGCUUGUUUAUAUGUGCAGAAACUUGUUGACAUGGAUGUUAAGGGAUCCAAGAAACUCUUGGAAAGCCUUGGUCGUGGUAAGAUUUGGGUUGUUUUUGCAAGACCCUGGAAAUGA